AUGCUGAAUGCUGUGGUCUCCUCAGAAGAUCUGGACAAUUGCCGUUCUUUGGAAUUCAAGCCCACUAAAGCUUUCGACGGUCAACGCCUGAUAAAUCACGUGGUUCGAAUUGACGAGGUCAAGGAUAAAAUAUUAUGUGAGAUACGUUGUUUCUUGGAGCCAAAUUGUGUUAGUUAUAAUUUCGAAAGAAAACGAAGUGGAAACAAUGGAACAAGUAAAUGUGAGUUGAAUAAUGUUACUCACGAAGGAAACGAAGACGAACUGGUUGGGGAUUUCGAUUAUCUUUACUAUGGAGCAGAGAGUACCUGUAUAAGAAACCUUUGCAAGAACAACGCUACAUGUCAAAGUGGUUUUACCGACAAAGGUUAUCGCUGUUGGUGUACUGCUGGAUUUAAGGGUCAGACUUGCGAUGAAGAUAUUAACGAAUGUGUUACGGAAGAGCAGAGAUGCAGUGUUGAUGCUGUGUGCAGUAAUACCAAGGGAUCGUACAAUUGUUCAUGCAAACCUGGAUUUUUAGGGAACGGAUCGUCCUGCACAGAUAUCGACGAGUGUGCUAUUGGAACACAUGACUGCAACACUGAUGCUGUGUGCAUCAAUACAAAGGGAUCGUUCAACUGUACAUGUAAACGUGGAAAUUCUGGAGAUGGAAGAACUUGCAAAGAUAUCGAUGAAUGUACUACAGGAGAGCACAACUGCAGUCCUGAUUCCGUGUGCAGCAACGUGAAGGGAUCAUACAAAUGUCAAUGUGAACCUGGAUAUUCUGGCGACGGAUGGACUUGCGAAGCUACGAUUUCAAGCUGCAAAGAAGCUUUUGACAGGCAAAAAUUAAGCGUGAGUGGUGUCGUUGUUCUCCAUUUUGACUUGAUGCCAACCUCCGUUUUCUGUCACGUGGAAAUAGAUGGAUGUGGAAGGGGAGCAUGGACCCCUGUUAUGAAGAUUGAUGGCAACAAGCGAACUUUCCAUCAUAGCUCUAAUUUUUGGAUUAACAACACUGAAUAUAACCCUCUUGGGGGAGAGACUGGGUUUGAUCAAGUGGAGACCAAGUUACCGAGUUAUUGGCACACAUCUUUCUCCAAGAUCUGUCUCGGUAUGGAGAUCAACGAACAACUCAGGUUCAUUGUCAUCAACAUGCAAGCGGAUUCCCUGUACUCACUGAUCGCUGAUGGGCAAUAUCGCAACACCUCAUUGGGUCGCGACAUGUGGAAGUCACUGAUUGGUCCUCAGGCUUCCUCGCAGAUUUAUUGCAAUAAAGAAGGGUUUAAUGUGUACUCAGAACAGCCAUACUGGACGGAUAGAGCUGCUAAAGCAAGAAUCGGGUUUGUCACCAACAAUGCCGAUAACUGCGGUGAUGUCGAUACCAGAAUCGGGUUUGGUACAGGAGGGCCGCAUGAUGACACGAACACUUGUGGAAUCGUUGCAAACAAGACCGGUCUUGAUAAUGGGCCGAAGUUUAUUAAAGCCAUGGGGUACAUCUUGGUGCAGUGACGAUUGAGAACUGUACAUGCCGUGAUACAUAUCAUGAACAAUAGCAACGACAAAAACCAGACGAAGAGUGCAUGCCUCAAUAAACGCUAAUUAUCUGUACAGAUUAUCAUGCACACUGAUGAAACACUAUUACAAAUAUAAAGCAGUAUUAUGAAGAUGCAUUCCCAGAAACUGAGAGCACAUGUACAUAGGGAAUAAUACAUGGGCGUGCCUGGGUAAGGAAUUCUCGUGUUCGACUCAAUAUUUCACUUGGUCGCUGCCCUCACUUCUGCCGAGAUAUGGAGUUGAACAAGAUAAGACUAAUUCCAUCUACAAACAACCAUGUAUUAUUUUUGUUUAUUAUAGGAACACCAAAGGCCUUUACCGACCCUAAAAGUCGACUUUACUAACGAGUUAAAGUAAAGAGAGUGAAAAGAGCACAUAAAACUAUUGUCAGUCGGGAAAUCUGACAAUUUUUAAAAUUAAUAGCCACAACUGAUGUAUAACCUCACUCAAGAGACAUUGAUUUCGCUCUUUAAGGGCAAGUCUUUCAAGUAGAUGGCUUCCAAAAUAUAAAAUUUCGGCUGUUAUGUCUCCGAAUUUUACGUUCUAGCUGAGUCUAGGUCCAAGUUGACCCUAGGUACUGCUAGAUUGACACUUUUGGUCAAAAAAUGUAUUACUUUUUAUCCGUGUGCCCAUGAUUGACAAAUAAAAGUUCCGCGGUCACAGUUUUUGCCAAGUCAUUUGGUGGAGCCAAAUAAAAUUUCGUCAGCAGAUUACACGCGGGCCCUAAUGUAACAUCAUCAUUUACGUACACGAAUGUUCAGAAAUGCACUCGGGUUAAUGUUACUUAAAUUAGAAUUUCAUACAUCAGGCUAAAUUCAGGAAAGUAUUUCAGAAUUAUUAGAAAUAAUAGAUAAUGAUAAAUGGUUCUUCCGGCUCAUUUAGAUUU